AUGGGCUUCCUGCACCAGCUGCAGCUGCUGCUCUGGAAGAACGUGACGCUGAAGCGCCGGAGCCCGGCCUCGGCCGUGGCUACCACAGAUGAGUGUCUUCCUCCAGGAAGGCCUCGUCGCCUGGGGCAGACGCACCAGGCUCUGUCCUGCGGCCUCUCUCGGGAAGGGUGGGCCGUGCCUCAGUUUCCCUUCCUGGAGUGUGGCCUGCCCUUCCCAGUUAGAUGGAUCGGGUUUGUCCUGGCGCUCCUGGCUGGCGUGGUCACCGAGCGGCCGUGGUGGGGACCCGCGGCGUCACCCGUGGGUCUCGGCGGGGGCUUCGUGUGCAGGGGUGGCUCUGGACCUGCGCUGCCUGCCUGUAACCAGAUGCCCCUGUGGCGACUGCCACCCGUCAGCCAGGCUGCUCCUCCCCCCCCACCGCUCCUGCACCGCCGUCACCAUAGCAACAGGGAGGCAGCCCGGCCCGCGCUGCAGUCAGGGCGGAGCCCCGAGGAGCAGGGGCCCUCAGGGCGAGAGGCCGUGGCCCAGGGGCGGGGCAACGCUCCCGGCGAGGUCUGCCCCAAGGCUCGGGCCCUGGCGUGGUCGCGGCAGUGGGGUGGCAGAGACCACGGGGGGGGGGGGGCAGCUGUGGCCUUCAAGACCCCCAGCCCCAGGGCGGCAGCCGUGGGUGGCCCGGCGGGUGCUCCCGGUGCCGCUGGGAUCCUCUCUGCUUGCACUAACCGCCUCCCCUCCAUGGCCAGCCUUCUACACCGCGGCACCCCUGACCUCUGCGGGCAUCCUGCCGUCAUGCAGUCCCUGUGCCCCGACGGCCAGCGGGUCGAGUUCGGCUUCCUGCAGUAUGCCAACUCCACGGUCACCCAGCUGCUGGAGCGCCUCAGCCGCGUGGUGGAGGAGGGCAACUUGUUUGACCCUGCGCAGCCCAGCCUGGGCUUGGAGCUCGAGGCCCUGCGCCAGCACCUGGAGGCCCUCAGCUCCGGCCCCAGCGCCUGGGGGAGCCACCUGGACAGACCUGCAGUGCCCUCCUUCUCUCUGGACUCCGUGGCCAGGGACCCGCAGGAGCUGGGCCGCUUCCUCGUGCAGAACCUGUCGCUGCCUAACGGCACCGCCCAGGCCCUUCUGGCUGCCCGCGUGGACCCUUCCGAGGUCCACCGGCUGCUCUUCGGCCCCACGCCCGUCCUGGACAGGGAGUCCUGGAGCCCCCCGGGCGGCGACCCCUCGUUCCGCGUAGAGGAGCUGGUGCUGGCUCCCGCCCGCCUGGAGCGGCUCACCUGCGCCCUGGGCCCCGGCGAGCCGGGCCGGAUCCUCACCGUGCCGGAGGGGCAGCGGACGGCCCUGCGGGGCUACCGGGACAACGGUCCUGCGGCGGGCGGGCCGCGGCGCGGGCCCGGCACUUCACGGGGCUGGCCGCCGCGCUCCGGGACCACCUGGACGUGGCCAGGAUCGCUCGGCAGCUGGGCCUGGACGCCCCCAACAGCUCGGACUCCCCGCCGCGGGCCCCGCCCCCACGGAGCCUGCAGGCUCUUCUGGGGGACCUGCUGGACGCGCAGAAGGUCCUGCAGGACGUGGACGUGCUGUCCGCCCUGGCUCUGCUGCUGCCCCAGGGCGCCUGCGCCGGCCGGGGCCCCCGGCGCCUCCCCCGCCGGCGGCCACGGAGGUGGGGGCAACGGCACCGGCUCCAACGCCACGGCCGAGGAAGCGGCGGCCCCCGCUGCCCCGGACACGCUGCAAGCUGGUUCCUGGAGAAGAAGAACGUGA